AAGCGAAAACCAAAGCUCUUUCAUCGGCCAUAAAAACACCGUCUGAACACAAUAAGUCGGCGACAGGCGUCAGGAUCAACCCUCCGGCACCGGUUAGGAGGAGAGUUCCCUAGAGUCGAAAGUACACUACUGAUGAAACAGUAUUAAAGAGACCAAAAUGAGCAUUGUACCAAAGGAGACAGUGGAGGUCAUAUCACAGAGCAUCGGCAUAAGUAAUUUGUCUUCAGAUGCUGCGUUGGCUCUUGCUCCUGAUGUAGAAUAUCGUAUGCGGGAAAUAAUGCAGGAGGCGAUCAAAUGCAUGCACCACUCAAAAAGGACUACAUUGACCACAGAUGAUGUAGAUAGCGCACUUAGCAUGAGAAAUGUUGAGCCAAUUUAUGGAUUGGCAUCUGGAGAUCCUUUGCGGUUUAAGAGAGCCCUUGGACACAAAGAUUUAUUUUACAUUGAUGACAAGGAUGUGGAUUUUAAAGAUGUGAUAGAAGCUCCAUUACCAAAAGCACCACUGGAUACUUCAGUUUUUUGUCACUGGCUGGCCAUCGAAGGUGUACAACCUGCUAUUCCAGAAAAUGCUCCUGUUGAAGUUAUUGCUGCUCCUCCAGAGACUAAAAAGGCUGAGCAAAAGAACGAUCUGCCUAUUGAUAUUAGAUUGCCUGUAAAACAUGUCUUAUCUAGAGAGCUUCAGUUGUACUUCAACAAAAUUACCGAGCUUGCAGUAAGUAUGCCUGAUACUGUUCUUUUCAAGGAAGCACUGAUGAGUUUGGCCACAGACUCUGGACUCCAUCCUCUGGUUCCUUACUUUACGUGCUUUAUUGAAGAUGAGGUUUCACGUGGUCUAAAUGAUUUUCAGCUGCUUUUUGCUUUAAUGCGGCUUGUUUGGAGUCUUCUCCAGAACCCACACAUACAUGUUGAACCUUAUCUGCAUCAAUUGAUGCCACCUGUUGUAACCUGUGUUGUUGCAAAAAGGUUAGGAAAUCGAAUUGCUGACAAUCACUGGGAGCUUAGAGACUUCACCGCCAACCUUGUUGCCACAAUAUGUAAAAGGUUUGGGCAUAAUUAUAGUAGUCUCCAGAAGCGUUUGACUAAAACAUUGCUUAAAUCAUUUUUGGAUCAGAAACGGACAUUGACUCAACAUUAUGGUGCUAUUCAAGGACUAUCAGCUCUUGGACCUGAUGUGGUUCGUAGUCUUCUCCUGCCAAAUCUCGAGAUUUAUUUAGGCUUUCUUGAAGAAAUGCUUCUUGAGAAUCAGAAAAAGGAAAUGACAAGGCAUGAAGCUUGGCGUGUUUAUGGAGCACUGUUGCGUGCUGCAGGUCGGUCUGUAUAUGAUCUGCUUAAGCUCUUCCCCAUUUUACCAUCGCCACCUGCAAAUUCUAUUUGGAGGACGAAUCUGAAAGUUAUUGGCAUAAGUGAAAUAAAUAAACGCAAGGCAAAUGCAGCAGAGGAGUUGGAACAACAGCCUUCCCCAAAGAAAAUGAUUACUACUGAUGGGCCUUUGGUUUCAGAGUCUAAUAACAAAUCCAUGGUACAAGGCGAAACUGGUGAAUCUGAGGCAGAUACGUCAUUUAAGCAGCAAAUUAUCGAUGAUGGUGUUAAAGGAAGAAGGGAUGGUAAGGGUAAUAAUAGCAAUAGCAAUAGCAAUAGCAGUAGCAGUAGCAAUAGGCAUAAUGCAUCGAAGACACCUGCAUAUCUUAAGCAGGUUUGGAAAGAUGAUCUAAAUUCAGGACAACUUGUUAUUUCACUAUUUGAACUGUUUGGUGAAGGCAUUAUGUCCUUCAUUCCGGCACCUGAGAUGUCUCUGUUUCUAUAACCUCAUGCAGGAAUUGAAGCUGGGAAGACAUGUUAUUUGAUCAGGAAAGAAACCCAGAUACGAUUAAGCAUUCACCGUCUGAAUCAUUGAAUCGUCAGGUUUUAGUCCAUCAUGGUCAGUGGAUCGGUUGGUAUUGAAGCUGGUGAAUCAGUCUUUGAAUGCUUUGUCGUCAUCAUCUAGAAUCAUCUUUUUUGGCUGUCCUCUAUUUAUAUAUCUAUCAAUCAUGAUGAAAUGCUGCUGUUUAGGCCUGUGGUUUUGGUGGAUGUGCUGCUUGGUUUCUUGUUGGAACAGUUGUGGAUUUUGGUACUCUCACAAAUGUCUUCUUUAGGAACAAUCGGUACUCAAAAAAGUGUGCCAUGGCCUAAGAAGCGUUCUUGUAGCGUUUGUGUAAGACGUGGUUUACGCCAUGGUGUCUUGACUAUAGCAUUUGUGUAAGAUGUGCCCGUUUUUUGCAAUUUUUUAUUAAAAAAAUUAUUUUUCUUGUAAUUUUUAACUUUUACAAACUCAUCUAAUCACGAGUCAGUUUCGAGUUCAUACAUGUUACAGACUCAUGGUUAAAUUGUAGCUGUAAGAUCAUUUCAGAUUCUAUUUUAGAUAUUUGAUCGUAAACUUUUCA